AAUCAUAAAAUGUCCAAUACCGAGAUCGAUUUUACAAAGUUAAGACCUGUAUUUUACCACUUGCAAUGGCGAAUGAUAUGAAAAAGUUUGAGGAUAUUUUUGUGGGAAUCUGGAAAUGGGACAGGGACGAAAAUCUUGCAGAUGCCAUGAAAAAAAUGGGGUACCCAGAGGAAGAAAUAAAGAUGUACUGUAGUUUAAAGCCAACAAUUACGAUCGAGCGAAGAGGUGAAGAGGUCUACAUGAAAUUCGAUAUGACAAAAGACAUGGCUCACGACUGUCAAUUCAAAUUCGAUGAAGAGUUCGAGACAAAGGACAAUAUCAUGAAACCACCCACUUUCCAUAAUAAGGAGGUAGCGUCCUUUAAAGACGGUGUAAUGAGUUUCAAAGCCAAAACGAUGUUGACUGGUCCAGGAAAAGUAGACAUGCACUCGGACAUGUUUGUGAAAGACGGAGAACUUCAUGCUCAUAUGGGUCCCCUUGAUGAUACAAGUUAUUAUGGAAACAGAAUUUUCAAACGUGCAUAGGCCUAGUUAGUACAGCACUUACCAGAGUAUAUAAUUGUAAAUAUAGCGACUGUCACAGUUAUUCAACUUCUGUGGAAGGCAGCUCAAAUACUCGAGGAAAUAUAUUAUGAGAACAUUCGCCUUACAGGUCGCAAAAUCUUGAACUUGUAGGGAACGCAUGAAGAAAAUACAUCAAUAUUACAAAAAAGAUAAUUUCUAUUUUCUCUAAAAUUGAGAGAGAUUUACAGAAUAAAGUAAUAUGCACAGAUAUAAAACAUGUAAUACAAAAAGUAAAACUGCAUUUAUACUAUCAUUUACAGCAAAUAAAAGAAGUUAUGAAAGUA